AUGCCCGAUCUGCACGGACCGUAUCUGGACAAAUGCCUCUGCGUUGCAAUGGAAGAUAUUGGUGGCGAAAAUGCUCCCGAGAAAAGCAAACGAAUUAGGGAAUUACUAAUUGACGGAGCGUCGCCGAAUUCGGUUGAUGAGAAUAACCGUCAUGUGAUAUGCGAACCGUCACUGCGCGGAAAUGUUGAAGUUCUUCUAUUGCUAGUUGGCUUUGGGACUAAUGUGAACUUUUUCCUAAAACCAGAGGGGGAUAGCACGGCAAUCGGCCCGAGCAAUGCGGCCGAUGCUGUGGCAGCACUAGGACGGCAGAUCUGGAAUCGAGGCGGGCAGGUCCGGUUUGGUGAGGACCUGGGCUCCAACUCGUCGGUGGGUGAGAUUGACAGAGAGGAAUCGGCAGUAUAUGGCAGUCGCAUGUCAACUGAGCGGCAAGCUCCUCUACAAAUGUGCGUCCAAUCGGGGAACACAGCUGCGGUCGCUAUUCUGGCAAGACAUACGAAUCUGUUGAUAAUGGAGGAAGAGGAGGAGGACAACAACCCUCUGGCCGCAAUAAGGUUGCUCACGAAAGGACCUCUGCUGGAUCCGUUGGCGCCUAUUCUGAAGGCUUCCCUGCUGAUUCGAUACGAGGUGUUGGCCGCCGCGGUGAUGCAGGGGUGUCAGUCUGUGGCAUUGCGAAUAAUAACAGAAGGGAAGAGGAAACAGGAGAGCACCGGCGUCGAGUUUGACGUCAUGCGAAUUUUCUACGGAUAUGAGGCUGCGGGCGUGCCCAUUAUCCCCAUGUUUCGAAUGCCGCUGCUGCCAGCUGAGCUGGCAGAAAAAUACGGCAGUGAUAUCGAGGGACGAAAUCUGAUUCAUUUGGCGGUUGAAAACGGUCAAGUAGAGAUGUUGGAGGCUCUGAUAAACACUAAUUUGUUCCCGUUGCCAUAUGCAUUGGAGGCUCCUACUGAGCCUAAUCCAGCACCACAGAUCGAGAUGCCUAUGCUGGCGGUCGGGGCGGGGCAUACGCCGCUUCAUUUGGCGGCAUUGAAGGGGAACAUCGAUGUUGUUACUAGCCUUGUGGACGCGGGAGUAAAUGUGAAUAUCACUAAUCGACUUGGGCAAACGAUACUCGAUGUGGCGCUUAAAUACGACCAGGAAGACGUCGUUAAUUUCAUACGAGCUCUCGAUCUCUACGACGCUGCCAAGCAGGGCGACAUAGGAGUCUUUGACCAUCUUGAUCCGCGCAGGAGAGAGCACAUGACCAGAAAAUUCACUCAGAAAAGUGUCAAUUCGCAUCAUCCCAAAACGGGCAGUACUCCGCUGUAUAUAGCGGCAAGCUCGGGGCAUGUAGACGUGGUGAAGAAGCUGAUCGAAGUGAAGGCAGACGUUGACAGACCGAUGCCCUCGACAUUUACAGCGCUACAUGGCGCCAUCUCUGGUGGGCAUGUUGAUGUUGUUCGUGUGCUGUUGGGGGUUGGAGGAGCUAACCCCACGACUCGCGUCGGGUCUGUCGAUGUUGACAAGGGACGAUAUGGAAUAUCACCGCUCGAAACGGCUUUGAAAAAAGGCAAAAGUGAAAUAAUUGACUUGUUGUACACGCGCAUAGGACCCCGUGGGGUUUCCAUAGACGAUCUUAGAGCGGCCGCACAGAAGAGAAACUUUGCGUUUUUCGAUAAAGUUGUGAAGAGGAAUCCGUUCCUCUUGAAUGACGCCACGAACGCUCUCGGCGAGAGGCUCGCGCAUGUCGCGGUGAAAUGUCUUGACGCGAAAGGCUUGGAAGAGCUGAAAAUGAGGGGUGUUGACUUCGCCAAGUCGCGUACUCUGGAUGACCACGGAACUCUCUAUUACGCGUGCAAGGCAAACCGAGUAGAGACUGUCAGAUGGCUCCUAGGGCCCAACAGCGGCUGCGAAGGAGAAAUUCUAGCGAGUGACUUGUCGCAAUGCUUAUUGCUCUCAUGCGGGCUGGCGAAAUCGAAGAACAUAGUGAGCCUGCUGUUGCGGUUAGUGAAGGUUGACGAAAAUGAACAAGGAAAAUAUUAUGCCACUUGUCUGCAGAGUGCGUGGGAUAUCGGCAACCGCGACGUUUUUAUGAUGCUGAUCGAUGCAACAGUGGAAAAAAUAGAUUUCCAGUAUGUUCAGCCUUGGAGUUCGUUUUUGCUCUAUUACGUGACUGAAGUUGGCGACCCGAACGGCUUGAAGAGAGUGUUCGAGUUUUUGAUACCGGAUUUUGACGCCUUGGGGUCUGUCGGAUGCGACGCCCGACGAGACUUGGCGGACUCGCUUUUGAGCGCUCUCGAACUGUCAGUGUGUCGAGCGGCUUUGCGAGAAAUGAUGGGGACGUUGGAUGGCGACUCCGAAGAUGGAAACUCAUCCAACGAAAAGGAAAAGGUGGAAGAGUUGAUUGACAUCAUUUCUGAUCUCGAAAGAAAACUUAUGAGGAUUUCUGAGGAGCAAAAGUCUAAUGGCAUUGACCGAGCUUUGACAGGCAUCCUGCCCAGGAACAAGACAUUAGCUUCCUCGGCUAGGUCGAUCGCCGCGGCCUCCCACAGCCGAGCGACACGAGCAAAAAUUUCCCCUCAGGGUUCACCAUUCUGA